GUUUCGUGUUUUCAGUCACAGUAGGGUUACCUUGCCUCGCAAACGCAGUUGCUUUGCUUUGCAGGUCGCAAAACGCCACCCUUCUCUCUCUCUCUCUCGUGAUCCUAUCUAUCUGUCUAUCAUUUAAUUUAAUUUCAUUCUCUUCCUAUCGAAUCUCUCUGCAACACCAGCAUCCCUGCAUCAAUGGGCGCUUCUCUGCCCCCCAAGGAGGCCAACCUCUUCAAGCUUAUUGUCAAAUCAUAUGAAACCAAACAAUAUAAAAAGGGUCUCAAAGCCGCUGAUGCCAUUUUGAAAAAAUUCCCAGACCAUGGAGAAACUUUAUCGAUGAAGGGUUUGACAUUAAAUUGCAUGGAUCGUAAGUCCGAAGCAUAUGAACUUGUUCGUCAAGGAUUAAAGAAUGACCUUAAAAGUCAUGUUUGCUGGCAUGUUUAUGGUCUCCUUUAUCGGUCCGACAGAGAAUACAGGGAGGCGAUCAAGUGCUAUCGAAAUGCACUGAGAAUAGAUCCCGACAAUAUUGAAAUUCUUCGUGACCUAUCACUCCUACAGGCACAAAUGCGAGAUUUGUCAGGCUUUGUUGAGACAAGACAACAACUUUUGACUUUGAAGCCAAAUCAUCGCAUGAACUGGAUUGGAUUUUCUGUAGCCCAUCAUUUGAACUCUAAUUCAUUCAAAGCAGUUGAAAUUUUGGAAGCAUAUGAAGGGACUUUGGAUGAGGAUCAUCCUCCAGAAAAUGAACGGUGUGAGCAUGGGGAAAUGCUUUUAUACAAGAUCUCAUUGUUAGAGGAAUGUGGGUUUCUUGAGAGAGCUCUGGAGGAGUUGCACAAAAAAGAAUCUAAAAUUGUUGAUAAGCUUGUAUACAAAGAACAAGAGGUUUCACUUUUAGUAAAGCUUGGUCACUUAGACGAAGGCGAAGCUUUGUACCGGGCAUUACUUUCCAUGAAUCCUGAUAAUUAUAGAUACUAUGAAGGUCUCCAAAAGUGUGUUGGAUUAUAUUUAGAAGAUGGCCAGUACUCUCCUGAUCAAAUAGAUCGGUUAGAUUCAUUGUACAAAACACUUGUACAACAAUAUAAGUGGUCUUCUGCUGUUAAGAGAAUACCACUAGAUUUUCUACAAGGUGGCCAAUUUCGAGAAGCAGCAGACAGUUAUAUUAGGCCUCUCCUAACCAAGGGAGUUCCAUCUCUGUUCUCUGAUCUAUCAUCUUUGUACAAUCAUCCUGGGAAGGUCAGUCUUGUCACAUACAUUUCUAUUAUUGAGAGUAUGAGAUUUCUUAUGAUCAAAUUUUCUGCCAUUAUUAUAUAUUAUGAAUUUAUGAUGCUGGACAAUACUGAUUCUGUGUUUUUGUUCUCUUUUUUUUUUUUAAACUUUGUCCAGGCCGACAUUUUGGAACAACUUAUUCUUGAGUUAGAGCAUUCAAUUAGGAUGUCUGGCCAUUAUCCUGGAAGGACGGACAAAGAACCCCCUUCUACUCUUAUGUGGACUUUGUUUUUAUUGGCUCAGCAUUAUGACAGGCGAGGCCAAUAUGAAAUUGCUCUUUCUAAAAUCGAUGAAGCUAUAGAACAUACGCCUACAGUCAUUGAUCUAUAUUCUGUCAAGAGUCGGAUACUGAAGCAUGCUGGUGAUUUGGUUGCUGCUGCUGCAUUUGCAGAUGAAGCUAGGUGUAUGGAUCUUGCCGAUCGUUAUGUUAAUAGUGAAUGUGUAAAGCGCAUGUUGCAGGCUGAUCAGGUGGCAUUGGCUGAAAAAACUGCUGUAUUGUUCACAAAAGAUGGGGAUCAACACAAUAACCUUCAUGACAUGCAGUGCAUGUGGUAUGAGCUUGCCUCGGGUGAAAGCUACUUCCGUCAGGGUGAUCUUGGACGGGCUCUCAAGAAAUUUUUAGCAGUGGAGAAGCAUUAUGCCGAUAUUACUGAGGACCAAUUUGAUUUUCAUUCAUACUGCUUACGGAAAAUGACUUUGCGUACUUAUGUGGAAAUGCUUAAAUUUCAAGACCAAUUGCAUUCACAUGCAUAUUUUCAUAAAGCAGCAGCUGGUGCUAUCAGAUGCUAUAUUAAGUUGCAUGAUUCUCCUCCAAAGUCUACAGCAGAGGAAGAUGAUAAUAUGUCAAAGUUGCUUCCUUCUCAGAAGAAGAAAAUGAGACAAAAGCAGAGAAAGGCAGAAGCAAGAGCCAAAAAGGAGGCAGAAGAGAAGAAUGAAGAGUCAAGUGCCAGUGGGGUAUCAAAGUCUGGGAAGCGGCACGUAAAACCUGUUGACCCUGAUCCAAACGGGGAGAAGUUGUUGCAGGUUGAAGAUCCACUGUCAGAAGCUACUAAAUACUUGAAGUUGCUGCAGAAGAAUUCCCCUGAUUCAUUGGAGACGCACUUGCUCUCUUUUGAAUUAUAUACAAGGAAACAAAAGAUUUUGCUUGCCUUGCAGGCCGUAAAGCAGUUACUGAGAUUGGAUGCUGAACACCCUGAUUCGCAUCGUUGUUUGAUUAAAUUCUUCCAUAAAGUGGGAUCUAUGAAUGCUCCUGUGACCGACAGUGAGAAACUGAUUUGGAGUGUCUUAGAGGCUGAGCGCCCUACUAUUAGUCAGCUGCAUGAGAAAUCCCUGUUUGAGGCAAACAACUCUUUCCUUGAAAAACAUAAAGAUUCUUUGAUGCAUCGAGCAGCUUUUGCAGAAAUCUUGCACAUUUUGGAUUCAAACAGAAAGUCUGAGGCUGUUAAGUUCGUUGAAGAUUCAACAAAUAACAUAGUGCCCAGAAAUGGAGCACUUGGACCAAUCAGGGAAUGGAAUCUUACAGACUGUAUUGCAGUUCACAAGCUUCUUGAAACAGUUCUUGCUGAUCAGGAUGCUGGAUUGAGAUGGAAGGUGCGUUGUGCAGAGUAUUUCCCAUAUUCUACAUACUUUGAGGGAUGCCACAGCUCUGCCUCUCCCAACUCGGCCUUCAGUCAGUUACGUAAGAACUCUGAAAAUGAGAGUCUAAACCAUUCAGUGGAUGGUCAAAAUGUGGGCUCCAUCACAUCAAACGGGAAACUAGAGGCAUUUAAAGAUCUCACUAUCUGAUCAAAUCAAAUACAUCCAUCAGGCUAAAGACACGUGCGUGUUACCCAGUUUGGAUGCUUAUAAAACCAAACGGCAUUUCAUACUCCCAGAAACGACUGCGUUGCAAUUUGCAGCAACAAAGGUCACAGUUUUGGUGCGGGUUAUGGCAAAUUCUACACUAGCCAUUCCAAUGUAUUUUCUUUGCAUGAUUUCUCCCUCUCAGCUGUGAAAUUUAUUUGGUUUGCAAAUGUGUAUAAUUUGCCUCAAUUAUGUUUUAGGAUUGACUUUUUCAAUUUGUUCACCCCUUUUUUUGAGAGGUGGUAGACGGGGGCUCAUGGGCUUGUACCAUUGUCGUAGAUUUUCAUUUUGGUCGUUGGGAGAGUUACAGAAUUUUAGGUUUCUGUUCCUGCAUUCAGCCAACAUACAUGUAGGGAGAGCAUGUUGUAUCUUUCCUAUUUUAUUGGCUUAUUCAUCAUGUAUAAACAUUAUGUGAAAAUUUUGCUACUGGAUGCCAAAAUGACAUUCUAUUUUGGAUGAAUUCAGUAAAAAAAUUGGAGGUUAAUAUUACUGUUGAA